AUGUCACAAUCACGAAAAAUGUUGGACAUGCUUGCAGUCGAUGGAGAAAAGCCUGAGCUUAGUUCAUCAAUUUCAAAUAUUUCUGCUGUUUAUACAAAGAAAAGUGUAAAAACUGCUAUGAAUGUUGAUGACAACGGCAUGACACAACAAACAUCACCUUUGCCUUCCGGUGCAGAAGAAAUCAGUCAGAAACUAGCUGAUGUAUGGGAAGAAGUUCUGCAUGAAGAUGGUGGGACAAAUGAAAUCACCUGCGACAGCUCAAUACUGAAUGUCAUGUCUGAUCUGUCUGCUAUUGAUGUUUACAGCAAUCAACCUAGUAGGUUUUCCUUGGAAGUGUCUUCUAGUUUCGAAAAUUCACCAUUAAUACAGCUUGAUGAGCUGUUAGAAGUUUCUGACCACAGAUCUACCCCGGUUAAUUUAGAACUGUCAGUGCUUACUCCUAUGCCGUCUCCUACUAAUGUGCAUUCGAUCUGCGAUAGCACAUUUUGCCCUAAUCAUGUAGACAGUUCCUCUAUAAUUUCUUCGUUGUCAUUUAGCAACACGAAUUCACCUGCUACUUCGCACUCAAACGAUCGAACCGUGACUCCUAAAACGACUAGAAAACGACUGAGGUGCCCAAAAGAAUGGACAGAUUUUAAACGCAAAUGUCUUAAGAACUUAGGUAGGAAAUAUGGAACGAAAAAGGGUAAAACCGUAGGCGAUAAAACGAUGGGGCCAUCAUGCAAAUGCCGUUACAAAUGCCCUGAUAAAAUAUCUCAUCAAAUGCGGUUGGACUGCUUCAGAAAAUUUUGGCAACUGGGAGAUCGAGCUAUGCAGUGGAAUUUCAUUAUCAAAUAUUCGGAUAAAAUGAAGAAGAAAAGAUGUAUGAAUCAAGAUAUUCCUAAUAAUACGAAACAUACUUUUAAGUAUUAUCUGCCGCUGAUUACAGGUUCUAGCGAAUCUCACUGUAAGAAAGCUGAAGUAUGCCAAACUAUGCUUAUUAAUACUCUCGCCGUUUCAACUCGUAUCUUAAAGACUGCGUGGAAGAAGUACGAUGGAAGUGCUAUUUUAGAGGAGGACAGACGGGGUCGCCACGACAAUAAGUUAAAAAUGACGCAAUGA